ACCAACUACAAUUAAAAUGAAACAAAAUUUGAUGCAAUCUUCAAAACCUUGCUUAAAAAAUAGUUAAUUAGGCUUCUAAUUACUUUCUAAAUAAUUAGCACACAGAUUAUUUGGUCAUUUAUUCUAAUUCAAAAUGCAUGCUUUUCCUUACCUUACACAAUUUUUUUUUUAAAAUUGUAAGACUAUAUUUUGCGUAAUAAAAACUUCAGCGCAUAAAAGCAACUAAGGUUCCGUAGUUUUGACUGAAACAUAAGAUGGCUUCUUUUGAACUCUGUUUCUUCUUCAUCCUGUCAUCCCCUGUUCUUUUCUUGGCAGCCGUUGAAUCCUGCGGCGGUUCCUGUGGAGAUCAAGAUAUCCGCUUCCCUUUCAAGCUCACCAACCAACCCGAGCACUGUGGGUAUCCGGGGUUCGAUCUCUCGUGCAAGGACAGCCAAGCAAUCCUGACCCUGCCAUCGUCCGGUAAAUUCACGGUCCAAAGCAUCGAUUACACGGAUCAAACUAUCUGGCUCAAUGAUCCCGAUCACUGCGUCUCGAAACGUCUCCUUAAAUCCUUCACUCUUUCAGGCUCCCCUUUCCAAGCUCGAUUUCCUCAAAACUUCACGUUUCUCAAUUGCUCUUCUGAUGGAACUUCGGCAGGUUGGGGACCAUUUGGGAUUGUUGAUUCAUGUCUUAGCAACGGGAAUUAUACUGUUGUGGCAACACCGACGGACUUUUACAGUGACUAUGGCGCCUAUGGGCCACUCCAAUCCUGUUCGGAGAUAGCCACGGUUGUGGCUCCUGUUUUAUGGCCGGUUUGGUCAGAUCCUAGUAUGGGUAUUAAGUUAACAUGGAAAGAACCCAAUUGUCGAUCCUGUGAAAGGCGUGGAGGGACUUGCCAGUUCGCUAGUAAUUCGGGUCUGGAUGUUGGAUGCGCCGGCGGUCUCAGCAACGGUAUUUCGAAAGGGGUCAAAUAUGGCCUAAUUUUUGGUCUAGGAGUACCCUUCUUGUUCAUUUUAGGGAUCACAUUUUUUCUUCGGCACAAUAUAAGAGGUCGUUACCAGAGCAGCAGUGCAAACACCGAUACAAUCUCAAGUUCGGUUGCCCUGGGGUCUGCUUCUGCUGUAAAGGGUCUCGAUGGACAGACAAUUGAAUCAUAUCCAAUAACUGUGCUGGGAGUAAGCCGACGACUUCCCAAACCCAGUGACAAUACUUGUUCUAUAUGUCUAGGGGAGUAUCAAGCUAAAGAGACAUUAAGGACCUUACCAGACUGCCAGCAUUAUUUUCAUGCCGAUUGUUUAGAUGAGUGGCUUAGACUGAAUGGAACAUGUCCCUUGUGUCGCAAUACGCCAGAGGUGUGAUAGAAAUUUUUUUUCCCUUUUUGUUGAUCAACAGGUGUGGUAGAAAUUAAAUUUGUUCUCCUUUGAAGUUUGAACAUGUAUUACACUCUAGGAUACACGUAGGAAGAAUUUGAAAGACAUUCACAGGCACAUUGUGAUAAACAGGGUGGUUUUGG